AUGGAGCAUCUAUCAGCUGGCGUGCAGACUCUUGAGUCUUCUACGGAUGAGAAACUCACGAACGGGCAAGACGGGCGCAUGCGGGCGGAUGGCUAUGGGUUGAGGGUACAGAGUCAACCUGGCAUUGGCAUUGAUCACUCCUUGAGUAGAGACGAGACUGUCACAGUGGUAAAAGACACUAUCGAACACAAUCUGAACAAAGAACCGGCAGUGCCUGACGAGAUUGAGCCACAGCCACCUAAUCUUACCGAUUAUCACAAGGGGGAUCGGCAUCCGAGCCCAAAGUCUCAUGAACCCCAUGACGAUACCCAACCUAAGGAUGCCCAUUGGAUAAAGCAUCCUAUCAACAAUAACAAGACCCAUGACGCGCCGAGUGACCACACGAGAAUAAUGAACUCACAAACCGCUAGUGAAAAGCCUGUCUCUCAGUCCAAAGGACCGGAGAAAGGCCUCAAGACCUCGCCAGAGGCAAAUGAAAGGAUUGCGCCACAUGCUCAAAACAAGGCCUUGUCAGAAAAGGGCCAUUAUACUGAUCUCAACUCCAAGAAAAGGCUUGGCAAACUUGACGAACCCGUUCUUGAGGGUAAAAUAAUGCCCAAACCAGCUCCACGUAUCAACAAUGACACUGAAAGGCCGAAAGCCGAGGCUACCGACAGGAAGGAUAGUUGCUUCAACUGCAAUCCUACUCAGUCAUCAUCACCUAAACAAACAGAGGGUGGUUUUCAGAUCUUCAUUGAAGAUGAGUCACAUAACAAGACUGAGAAUGAAUUGAGUGCUGCCUUCGAGUCACCUAUGCCUCGACUCAAGGUAACAGACAUUGAGCAUUCCCUGGCUCGCGAGAGCGUCGAGGAAUUGUUGGCCAAGAGUCCACAGCCACAAGAGAUAGCAGCAGCAGAAGAGCCAAAGAGUACGAGACUCCCGAGCAUAACAGAGGAUCGAUCUCGCAACGACUCUGAGAUGUCAACAUUGAUCUAUGACCCUAGACCUGUGAUGCCUUACAACCACAUGUGUGCUUAG